ACGAGGGUAGCGGAGGAGGCGAGGAGUGCCGGGUACCGGGCCGGGGGAGCCGCGGGCUCUCGGGGAAGACGCGGAUGAUGAACAAGCUUUACAUCGGGAACCUGAGCCCCGCCGUCACCGCCGACGACCUCCGGCAGCUCUUCGGGGACAGGAAGCUGCCUCUGGCGGGACAGGUCCUGCUGAAGUCCGGCUACGCCUUCGUGGACUACCCGGACCAGAACUGGGCCAUCCGCGCCAUCGAGACCCUCUCGGGUAAAGUGGAAUUGCAUGGGAAAAUCAUGGAAGUUGAUUACUCAGUCUCUAAAAAGCUCAGGAGCAGAAAAAUUCAGAUUAGAAACAUCCCUCCUCACCUGCAGUGGGAGGUCUUGGAUGGACUUUUGGCUCAGUAUGGGACAGUGGAGAAUGUCGAACAAGUCAACACAGACACAGAAACUGCCGUUGUUAACGUCACAUAUUCAACAAGAGAAGAAGCAAAAACAGCCAUCGAGAAGCUGAGCGGGCAUCAGUUUGAGAACUAUUCCUUCAAGAUUUCCUACAUCCCGGAUGAAGAGGUGAGCUCCCCUUCGCCCCCUCAGCGAGCCCACCGUGGGGACCACUCUUCCAGGGAGCAAGGCCACGCCCCUGGGGGCUCUUCUCAGGCCAGACAGAUUGAUUUCCCGCUUCGGAUCCUGGUCCCCACCCAGUUUGUUGGUGCCAUCAUCGGAAAGGAGGGCUUGACCAUAAAGAACAUCACUAAGCAGACCCAGUCCCGGGUAGACAUCCAUAGGAAGGAAAACUCUGGGGCCGCCGAGAAGCCCGUCACCAUCCAUGCCACCCCAGAGGGGACCUCGGAAGCAUGCCGCAUGAUUCUUGAAAUCAUGCACAAGGAGGCUGAUGAGACCAAAAUCAGUUUGAAUAUAUCAUCCCACUCCCUUCUGGCCUGCAAAAUUUCUGCCGAGAAAUCCACCGAUAAUAUGGAAACUCCUAGAACUGAAGAGAUUCCUCUGAAAAUCUUGGCCCACAAUGGCUUGGUUGGAAGACUUAUUGGAAAAGAAGGCAGAAAUUUGAAGAAAAUUGAACAUGAAACUGGGACCAAGAUAACAAUUUCAUCCUUGCAGGAUUUGAGCAUAUACAACCCUGAAAGAACCAUCACUGUGAAGGGCACAGUCGAGGCCUGUGCCAGUGCCGAGAUGGAGAUUAUGAAGAAGCUACGUGAGGCCUUUGAAAAUGACAUGCUGGCUGUAAAUCAACAAGCCAACCUGAUCCCGGGGUUGAACCUCAGCGCACUUGGCAUCUUUUCAACAGGAUUAUCUGUGCUGCCUCCACCCGCAGGGCCCCGAGGACCUCCCCCUGCUCCUCCCUACCACCCCUUCGCUACCCACUCCGGAUACUUCUCCAGCCUGUACCCCCCUCACCAGUUCAGCCCGUUCCCGCAUCAUCACGCGUACCCGGAGCAGGAGGUGGUGAAUCUCUUCAUCCCAACCCAGGCCGUGGGGGCCAUCAUCGGGAAGAAGGGCACGCACAUCAAGCAGCUGGCUCGGUUUGCGGGCGCCUCCAUCAAGAUUGCCCCGGCGGAAGGCCCAGACGUCAGCGAGAGGAUGGUCAUCAUCACCGGCCCGCCAGAAGCCCAGUUCAAGGCUCAGGGGCGGAUCUUUGGGAAACUGAAAGAAGAGAACUUCUUUAACCCCAAAGAGGAGGUGAAGCUGGAAGCCCACAUCAGAGUGCCCUCUUCCACGGCUGGCCGGGUGAUCGGCAAGGGCGGCAAAACCGUGAAUGAACUGCAGAACCUAACCAGCGCAGAAGUCAUCGUGCCUCGUGACCAAACGCCGGAUGAAAACGAGGAAGUGAUCGUCAGAAUUAUUGGGCAUUUCUUUGCUAGCCAGACGGCCCAGCGCAAAAUCAGGGAAAUCGUACAGCAGGUGAAGCAGCAGGAGCAGAGACACCCUCAGGGAGUCGCCUCCCAGCGCAGCAAGUGAGGCUCCCGGGCACCAGCACAACAACGGGUGAACGGAGCCCUCCCGGCACCCGAGUGAGCGAGACCAAACACAGCCAGCCAGAUGGGGAGCAAACCAAAGACCAUCCUGAGGAACGAGAAGUCUGCGGGGGCACAAGGGCUCUGCAGAGGCCCCGAGGACCUGGGGGCCAGGAGGUGGGGGGCGGCGAGGCCAGCGGCUCACGGCCCAGCCUCCCUCCGCCCCGGGCCUCUGCAGGCUGCCCAGCCAUCCGCCUCACCGCCCACUCGGACCUCUCCGUAACUCCCACCACGCUAUCCCUUUUAGUUGAACUAACAUAGGUGAAGGUGUUCAAAGCAAAGCAAAAUUCACACCCUUUUCCUUUUGUGGAAAAUUGUCUCUGUACAUGUGUGUACAUAUUAGAAGGGGAAAGAUGUUAAGAUAUGUGGCCUGUGGGUUACACAGGGUGCCUGCGGCGUUAAUAUAUUUUAGAAAUAAUAUAUCAGAUAACUCAACUAACUCCAGCUCUUAAUCAAGUAUUAAUUUUUUUUUUCUUUUUAAAGAGAAAUCAGGCUUUUCUAGACUUUAAAGAAUAAAGUCAUUCUUUGGGAGGUCUAAUGGUUUAUAAGGAGCUUCAGGGCCACCCACACAAAUCCACCCAGAGGGAAAUCUGGUCAGGACACUCGCGGCAGUUCCGGGUCACCUGUGUACGUCAACAGAAGGGAUACCGUCCGAAGAGGAAACUCUUCCCCCCUGUCGAGCUCACACCCAUUUCUCUUUGCUUCACGGGUU